AUGUGGCUGAAGCAAACCUCUAUAUGAAUCGCCAGUCUAUCAAUGCAUCAACAUGAUCAUUUGCCAGAGAAGAAGCGAUUUACACACUGCCAGAAGUACCCUUUGCCGUUGGCGUAAAGGUCCUCCUCCUCCUCGGAUGAAUGCCGUUUGUAUGUGCGCGGUGCGAGGUAGGAUGUGCUGUCAUGGAAGCCCAGGUACUGCACCCGGAUCAUGUGCUGAAGUGUCUGGCCGGUGCUCUCGUAGCCCGGCAUCAACUCACCUGACACACCACAAACAGACAUCCGUGGAAUCGCCAUAUCAACACUGAAUGCCUCCGUAUACCUGCGUCGUCCGUCCGGCCGCCCCCGUGGCUGCUGCAGUGUCUGAAUGCGUGCUUCAGCUCUUUGUGUUUGGCCUCGCUGGCCUGAGUGAUGAAUGGUGCAAGAGAGCCGUGGCAGAUGAGGGCGAAUCUGCCGUGUUCCACGAUCCAGUGGAGGCAGGUGGGGAGGUCGGGCUUGUCGACCCCUGCACGGAAGAGGCGGCACCACCUCUCCAUGAAGGCGACAGCCGAGACGCCGUACUGUUCAACGCGGCUCUGAGAGGGCUUGAUGCUCAGCAGCGUGAUGGCCAUGCCUCUGAAGUAGAGCAGCAGGGCAUGCAAAUCCCACCCUGCACACAAAGAGGUGUCGACGUGCAUGCAGUGUAAUGAUUGACUGGCCUGGGCGGACAUGGCCUCGAAGGUGCGGGUGGGGGGGUUGAUGUCGCCAGUGAGGUUCAUACGCCGGAUGCGUGACAUGUCCAUCCAGCUGUCGGUCGGCAGCGAGCACAGGUGGCAUCGAUGCGUCGCCGAUCCGCCACUCAGGCCCAGCACCAGUGGGAAGGAUGCACCGUCUGCACCAACGCGUACGCUGGCUGGCUUCUUGAGGUGUGUGUCGAUGAAUGUGAGGGUGGCAGGCUUGAUCUCGGCCUUGUGGGUGUCGAUGAACUCGCGCAGACGCUUGGCGACGUCAGGACGCACAUUCAAUCGUCCUGAAAGAGAAAAUGCAAUGAGCAGACGUUGUGCAAUACGUGUGAAGCCCAAAUGUGAGAGACGGUACCGUGAAUCGUCGAGCGGCGCUGCCUGCCCUCCGCGUCGGCCACCCACACCUCAAUGCCAAGCUCAAGACGCUCCUUGAUUUUGUCCACCACUUGAGUGAAGAUGUGUUGGAAGGCGUCCCACGACUCACGCCCUGUAAAACAGCACAUAUAGAGGUCCAUCGCACUUUCACAGUGAAUCAUACACUCACCGCGGAACACACACACUGGAUGCAGCCAGCGAGGCUCGAACAGCUGCUCAUUGCUUAGGCCGCCCAGGCGAACGUAGAGUGCGACGGCUUUGUUGUCCUCUGUGACAGACAUCCGUGUCAGACCGGUCCCAUCGAAGAGCAGGUCCAUUUCGAUGUGGUUCACACCCGGCUUGAUGCUGGUGGGUGCGGCGUAUGCAGGCAGCUUGAGGAAGGCGCGCAGAAUUGGGCCGAUCUCGGCGGCCAUGCACGUGACCGUGCGGCCGUCAACGUCAGCGUCAACCCGAUACAACUCAAUGCCGAUCUCGCGGUCCAGCUGCUUGAUGUCGGUCUUCACGCUGUCGAGUGGCUUGAGUAUGCGUGGGACGAACGCCGAUAUCGUGCGGCCGUCAGAGGUCUCCGUGCGGUCGAGAAGGAUGCCGCCCCGCAUGCGGUAUCGCCCACCGUGCUCCGUCUCUCGACAGCUCAUGAACGGCGACAGGGCACCGUACUUGGCGUCUGAGAUGCAGGCGAUCAGCUUAAUGGCGGUGGACAUGCGGAUGGGGUAGAGGUCCUCAACACACUGGCAGACGUGCUUCUGCACCCGCACGGCAACCUCGCGGCCGCAUGCAUCGGCGAGGAAGUUGAUGAGGGUGUACCCAUCGCCAAACACGAACUGCAACAGCACAGACAAACGAUGAGAGGAAGAGAUAUCCGCUGCCUCCCUAUGUAUGUCUCUCACCUCGCCAGGGCGAAACAGGCGUGUGUCGAAGAUGGCCUGCUUCAGUAGCUUCAUGGCGAAUUGGAGGCGGAUGGGCAGGUCGGCGAACUUCUCCACACGGACCGUGCUGACUGGCGCUUCCUCACUGUCUGUCUCGCUGGGCUCACUGAGGUCACGGCUGGAAGGGAGAGGGGCAAUCAGGCAGAGGAUCUGACGCAGCUGGCCGUAGAGCCGUUCUGUCGUGCGGGGCGAUGUGGGCUCCUGGGUGCGCGAGCGUAGACGGAUGUCCUCUCCCGCCUCGAUCUUGGCCGCCCUCUCUUCUCCGUCACGGCCACUCCGCUUGAGUGCACGCAGCCAGAGGGCGACGUAGUGGCAACCGCAGGGGAUGGCUUUGGGUUUCCUGAGUUGCAGCCGUUUCUCGAGCCAGGUCUCGAAGAAGAGAUAGUCUGGUGCGGAUGGCUCCUGGCCGAGAAGCCGCAGGCCCUCCUGCAUCGGCCACAUGGCGCAUCUCGAAUGCCCGCAGCUCAUCCUCCAGAUUGCUGGUGGCAGACAGCCUGACGAUGGAGUCGUCCGUCUCGGCGCACGAUGAUGCCAGCAGGGCGUCGAUGGCGGACACACCGGGCUUGAUGGUCACUCGGGCGACCUUCAGGAGUCGGUUGAGGAGGUCACUGGUGCUGUUGGGCAUGGCGGAGAGAUCGCGGGGUUGUGUGUUCUUGCCGGCCCUCUGGUUUGCGGCGGUGCUCCGGGAUGCGAUGACCGCUGCCCGCUCCUGAGCGGCACUCUCGACUGCCAAGACGCGGCGGGUGUGGUAGCGUGGCUGAGGUUGGGCGGUGGCGGCUGCAGCGGCAGGGGAUGCAGGGGCCGGCUCGUCGCCAUCGAUGUGGCGGGCUUCUUCCGCCAGUCGCCUGCGAAAGGCGGAUGACGACAGCUCUGACAAAGAGCAGAACAGAUGGAGAUUGGUGUACGUUUAUCCAUUCUUUCGCAUCUGGCUGGUCUUCUCACCCUCCUCUUCGAUGGACAGGUGCAUGCUGCCUUCUGGCUCGCCAGCAGAUCCAUCGCCGUCCUCGCCAUCCCAGCCACCUCCCUCCCCAUCGCCCCCCUCCAUCUGGGCAUCAUCGCCAUCUGCCUCGCCCCCCUCCAUGAUCUUGUCCUCGGCAUCUCCAUGGUGGUCAAGGUCGUCGUCCUGCUGCUCGUCUUGCUGCUCGCCCUCCCCGCUGUCGGUGCGGCGCUUCUUGGGGGGGUGGGCGUUCUGACCCUUGGGAAACAUCCCGGUGUUCUUUUGCACUUUGGUGCGGCCCAUUGUGGUUGAAGAAGGAGGGAUGAGUUGGAGAACUGUAAAUGCGGAGAGGUCGAGGUCCCCAUUGCAGAAGC